UAGAGUAUAAAAGCCCAGGUGCACCCUCCUCUCUUGACCUGUAACUACCCAAAGGAUAGAGCACAUCGCAAAACCAUGCCUGCAGAUUUUAAUGGAAAAUGGGAGUUGGAGUCAAGCGAAAACCUUGAGAAUUACCUUAAAGCACUGGAUGUUGAUUUUGCCAUCCGCAAGAUUGCUCCCCACCUCACUCCAACAAAGAUCUUUGUCCAGGAUGGAGACAACUUUGUGAUUACAACACAGAGCACCUUCAAGAGCUUUGAGCUGAGCUUCACCAUUGGAGUUGAGAAGGAAGAAUUUACUAAAGAAAUUGACAACAGGAAAAUAAAGACACUGGUGACCUGGGAAGGGGACAAACUGGUGGCCAUACAGAAAGGUGAGAAGGCCAACCGCGGAUGGAAACACUGGAUAGAAGGAGGCAAACUUUAUCUGGAGCUGACAUGUGAACAGGUUGUUUGCCAUCAAGUCUACAAAAGAAAAGACUAGCAGGCGUGAUGAUUAUCAUGUGUUAUUUUGUCACUUUUAUUUUGCUGUUCUUGAAAGGCUAUCAAAGUGCAGGGCUGGCAGUCUAAGUGUUAACUUCCUCAGGAGAUGAAAUUAACUCACAAUGUGACACUUUCAACACUUCUGUAUGAUUUGUUUCCUUGUGUAUCAAUAAAGACACAUAAUGACAUGGGUCUCAUUUGCCCUGUGUCUGUAACUGACAAAUACAAUUAUUAGAAUAACAGUACACAGUAAAAAAAAAUAUAUAUAUAUAUUAUCUUAUCCAGCUUAUGAGUUUUUAUGUGUCACAGAUACUGUACAACGAAAUGUGAAUUACUUUCAUCUACAUAACAACACAUGUUUGACCAACAAUAUUCCCCCAAAUGUUGUCCCAACUGGCCUAACAAGAGUUCUCUGAAUGAACAAUUUAGCUGAUUUGCAAGUUCCCAGCAUGCUUUGAAACUUUAAAAUGUGCAGCUAGUGUUAUCGGCUUAAUUCUGACUGUUUAUUUAUUUUUGUUGCUGUUAUUGUUGUAUUUUGUAGCCACUGUUAGUCAACUGAUAUGUGGUACAUCAUUUAACUUAAUGAGGUUUGUAUAUUGUUACUGAGGUUUGUGUGUUAAGGGUUUAAGUCUAUUGUGCCUUGCAAAACAUACUGCUAUUUUGAGGCAAAAGAUGCAGUUAACAUAAAAAUUAUUUAAAUGGGACAAAAUUAAAGUUAUUGUAGUGCAAAUUCAUAGUAGACUGAACAAGAAAUUAGCAGUUAGCUAGUUCUAUCAACAAGAGUUUUGCAUUUUAAGAACAUACACAUUUACCUUGACUAAAAGCAAUGUUACUGAGGAGAAUUAAGACAGUUGUUAAGUUGCAAAACCUUACUGCAUCAGGUUGCCUUUAUUUUCUACGUUUGCGCAACAAUAAUUUUUUUGGACAGUGUAAUCAACAUAAGAACAAACAUGAAUAAACCACCAAAGCUAAUAUUUAAGGAUUAUUUAUUAACGUUUUAUUAAAAUAUAUUUGUUGUUGUGUGUUUUCUACAGACUCUAUGCACAAGCAAUGUAGGUGAAAUAUUUUUAGGUUGGAGGUAAAGAAAAUUACAAACUUAUUGCAAUCCUCCUUAAUUUGCAUGCAGCCUCCCUAAAACGCCGAUAUUAUCCGAAAUUAUCCGAAGUUCUCCGAGCCAUCCUAGUGUCUCCUCAACUCUUCCGACAUCAUGCACGGGCUUUGAGGAAGUUCCACGUCACAUUUGUCUGCCGUGCAGUAAACUCCAGCUCCAAAAAAAAACACAUCAGCGCUCGGUGGAUGAUCUAAAUAUUUGCAGCUGAAGGAGACAAAAAGCAAACAUG